CCCUCGGAACCCGGAAGCGGGAGGUGCGCCCGGGGAGCUACCCGUUCCAAGCUGGGGAGGCGGCGGCCUCCGGCUGCUCCGCCGCGCGCCCCCUUUGCCAGCUGCUCCCGCGGGGCCUCUGCUCUGCAGCUGCUCGGCCCUCCCGCGCCCCUCCGCCUGCAGCCGCCGCGCCCGGACCGGGGCAAAGAGUCAUCUGGGCUGAAGAGAAGGGGACGCGGGGGCGGCCACGGCAGUGGUCCCGCUCCUUUUGGUGCAAGGAUUCUUCAGACUGGGAAGUUAUGUAGUAGCUAUGUCUGAAUUUUCAAAAAGCUCUUAACACCAGGACUUUGAAAUGAGGUGUCGAAGAGAUGUCAUGCAGGCAGCUUCUCCUCUUACAGCAUUUAGAAAUAAGCGGGGAGAUUCCUGGAGAAAGGGAUAUAUCUUACCUGAAGAAGUCUCCUCGGAAAGAUAGCUAUCUAAUACAUACAGGAUUAACCUCUGUUUCCCCUCAUCAUGGGAGAGAUCAAAGUCUCUCCAGAUUAUAACUGGUUUAGAAGUACAGUUCCCCUUAAAAAGAUAAUCGUAGAUGACGACGACAGUAAGAUAUGGUCGCUGUAUGACGCUGGCCCCAGGAGCAUCAGGUGUCCUCUCAUCUUUCUUCCUCCUGUCAGCGGAACUGCAGAUGUGUUUUUCCAGCAGAUUUUGGCUUUGACUGGAUGGGGUUACCGAGUUAUAGCUUUGCAGUAUCCCGUUUAUUGGGACCAUCUUGAAUUCUGUGAUGGAUUCAGAAAACUUUUAGACCACUUACAAUUGGAUAAAGUCCAUCUGUUUGGGGCGUCUUUGGGAGGCUUUUUGGCUCAGAAAUUUGCUGAAUACACUCACAAGUCCCCUAGAGUGCACUCCCUCAUCCUCUGCAAUGCCUUCAGUGACACUUCCAUCUUCAACCAAACAUGGACUGCAAACAGCUUCUGGCUGAUGCCAGCAUUUAUGCUUAAGAAAAUAGUUCUUGGGAACUUUUCCUCUGGCCCAGUGGACCCGAUGAUGGCUGAUGCCAUCGAUUUCAUGGUGGACAGGCUGGAGAGUUUGGGCCAAAGUGAACUGGCUUCAAGACUAACUCUCAAUUGUCAAAAUUCUUAUGUGGAACCUCACAAAAUUCGGGACAUCCCUGUGACCAUCAUGGACGUGUUUGACCAGAGUGCACUGUCCACGGAAGCCAAGGAAGAAAUGUACAAACUGUACCCUAAUGCCCGGAGAGCUCACCUUAAGACCGGAGGCAAUUUCCCCUACCUGUGCAGGAGUGCCGAGGUCAAUCUCUACGUGCAGAUACACUUGCUGCAGUUCCACGGAACCAAAUACGCCGCCAUCGACCCGUCGGUGGUCAGUGCAGAGGAGCUGGAGAUGCAGAAAGGGCGGCUCGGCCUCAGCCAGGAGGGGCCGUAGAGGGGCUCGUGACACCCGAGCCAGCGCGGUCUUGUACAGUCAGUUCAGGUCCUUGGGGCACACUGGUCCUCAUGGUUUAGAAGCAGGACUGACUGUCAUCUUCAUGACAGGAAUCCGCCAUCUCAGCCAGUGUGACAGUCCCCUCUCCAGGCUUGUUUCUGCUUGUUUUUUUUUUGUUUUUUUUUUUUUUUUUUUUUAACUUUUGAAUUUGAAGAACUUUUAAAGACUCCCAUUUAGGAAUUGUGACACUUUUGCUACUGAAAGUCUUCUCUACCAUCGCGUGUUUAUUUCGAAGGCUUGGGAUCACGUGGCAUUUUCUCUUUUCAUGUCUUCUUCCUCUUUCUCUGUUAUGCACUGUAAGCACUGCGCAUCCAGAUGGGAAGAGGAACAUGGGCUAUUUUAUGCAUUCCUGGGCAUAAUCAGAGUGCCAAGGCUGGUGGCCUGCUGGCCAAUCCCUACAAAUCAGCUAUUUUAGUUCCUGGUUGAGCACACCAUUUUGAGUAUUAGCUGUUGUAUUUCUAGACAGUACAGUCAUUUGGAAUAAAAAUUGAAUUUCA